UUCCAGACCCGUGUAUACCAACCCACGUGUUAGGAAAGGUUAUCUCGCUUCUAAUAUAUUGUCAAAGCUUUUACACGUUUUAUGAUUACAUUUCAACUGUCGCACAAAGAGAGAAACAGUUUUAUAAAACGGUGAAAGUGUCCGGCUAUCCGCAUGGAAACGUUACAGCUGAGAAAUUUUAAGGAUUUCCUUCUGCUCUACAACCAGAUAUCUGAGACGUGUUUCAAGAAAUGUGCGAAUACUUUUCUCUCGAGAGAGAUUACCUCUGAUGAAAAUCUCUGCGUGAGCAACUGCGCGCAGAAAUACAUCCACGCUAAUCACAAGAUAAUGGAAAUAUUCAUGGAGGUGCAACCCAUACUGGUGCAGAAAAGAAUGAACGAAAUGAACCAAGCUCAGGCGGCCUUAGAAGCACAAGAUCAGCAGCUCAAAGUGGAAGAGAAUCCACAAUGAUACAUCUUCGCUAGUUACAUGUGGUAAAUUCAAUAGUUUCUCAAUUUUUUCAGUUUGCUUCGCAACGUAAGUCGCGUAGAUCUAUCGACAUGUAUAUAAACUAACCAUUCAAGAAUGAUUCGAAGGCACAAGAAGGCUAAGAGCCAUGACAGGUUGUUCUAAAUAAUAUUAUAAAUUUAUUGCGAAAAAUGUCACCUCACUAAGCAGGUAUCCCACCAAUUCGAUUGAUUGUGAGGCAUGCAUACUUUUCUAUAUUUCGUAAUAAAUGUAGAAUAUUAUUUAGACACUAACAUCCUGCCACGGCUCUUAGUCUUCUUAUUCCUCCAAAUUUGUGUUUAACACAUCUGAGCCUUACGAAUUUCAUCAUUUAACAAUGUCUUACAAAUGUACAUACAAAUGUGGAUAUAUAUGUAUAUCUAGAAGAAAAUGCGCAAUUUAUAUCUCCUCCCAUUUCUUUAUAUUGGUCGUGUAAACAUUUAAGUAGAUAUAU